CUCAGUGGAUGACGGACAUGUUGUUUACAUGGCUGUUGGUGUGUUGGGGUGCUGUCUUGUGUCAGGGUAUAGAAACUUCUCGGAUACACAUUUUCAAUGAACGAGACAACUGGUGGAAGGCCCAAAGCCGAUGUAAAGACAAGGGAGGCAAGUUGUACACACCAGGCACAGAUGACAUUCCAGCAGAGCUCGUGGAGAAUCUACAGUCCAAAACCUACUACUGGAUAGGUGCCAUGAGGUACUGGGCCUGGAUAUGGACAGUAGAUGACAGUCCCCUGUUCACCUAUGCUGGCUUCCUUCCUGUGGGGAGUGUGACAGUAGAACCAAAGGGAACAUAUCUUGAUAACUCGGUAUGGAAGUGCCAUCUUCACUGCAGUCCAGCAUAUUCAGUCGGCAUGAAGGGAACCACGUGUUAUUGUUUGAAAGAAGGCUAUAACACUACGAAGUCGAUGCUAUCCGAGAACUCGUGUCCCGGAAACUUCGAAGAAAGGUGUGGCAACAUCAAGGGGAUGUCAGUUUACAAGCUAGAAAACAUGACAUUUAAUCAAGAGGAAGACACGUACUGUGCUUAUGUGGAUGACACGGACCUUUCCAUCCAUACCAGAACUUAUUACGAUUGUAAAAAGGUCAAGGGUUGUUACGCCUGCUUUACUUUGUUUGGUGCAAAUACAAGUAUAUCUUGUAGACAUCAGAAGUCAUGGUAUGCUGCCUGGAUGACAUGUGACUUGGUUAAACUGAAUACAUCUGCUCGGACCAGUCUUCUUGGAAGCAGCAGUACCACCACCACAUACUGGAUCGGUUUGUACAAAUAUCUGCACAGGAGAUGGAUAAACGGGGAGACGGCUUUGAAAUACAACGGGCGCCGCGGUGCUUUGUCUUCAGACACUAGGUGUCUCAUUGUAUACAAGCAGAGGAAUGGAGGAAAGCGUUUAUACUGGAGGCCAUGUUCAGAAAAACGCGAGUUCCUUUGUGAAGAUGCAACAGCAGGAAGGAAAGAUGCGAGGAAACCGUCGAUCAAUCCUGCGGCCGGAUGCUUCAUUGGACUAGGUGUUGGAUGUGUGCUGCUUGUUCUGACAGUCCUCAUUGUGGUCUGUCUCUUGAGAAGGCACAAGAAACUGUGUUUUGAAAAAAGUGAUGGGAAUCAGCCAAUACACUUCACUUCAGCCGCAGAAAACAUCACCUAUGGUUUAGCCUCACACGCACACACAGAGAGUGAAGCAUAUGCUGUCAUCUCACUUCCUGACACAACAGAUGCAACAUCGGCGACAUCAACGGUUCCACCGGCGAUAGUCCGACCCAGUGUCCACAGUGACAACAUCAACAUCAACAACGCUCAGGUUAAUGAUGAGAAUGAGUACAACGUGCUAUCAACAUCCAACAACUCCAAGGUGCCCGUGUCACAUACAGGAAUCCUUACAAUCAUCUAUCAGGACUUGACGGAAAUAACGAGUACAAGGGAGACUACGACACAGCAAACUUUGUUCCACAGACAGAAGAAUUGA